AUGCCGUCCUUCUACCCCCGUCAUAAUCUGCCGCGGCAGCUCCUCACGCCUCCAGAGUUCGUGCCAAGCUACCACUCUGCAUGUGGAAACAUGGCCUACCAGCAGAGUGCCUAUGCUAGCCAACCUGCUGUUCGGCAACAGGACGAUGACUACGGCUUCGCAGACCGCUACGGCCAGCUCGCCAUGGCCAUGCCGCCCAUGUAUCCGCAGGCUGGCACCUACCUUAGCAAUGCGCCGCCCAGCCUGCCACCCCCAAGUUCCUUCUACGAAUCCACAGGAGCCACCAUGCUCCCGUCCAUGCGCUUGACCGAACAAGAGCAGCGCGCUCAAGAGUACAAUCAGCGCGCACAUCAGCCUGCAAAGGAAGAAAAGCCUGUUGGAGGCGUGUCUGCCAAGCUGGACUAUGACAUGGACGUCAUGACUGACUUCGUUUGCGAGACCGCUCUGCAAGUCAUCACCCCAGGACGCAUGGCGCCGCAGUCGUUCCGAAAGUGGGUGCACCAGGUCCUUUGCGCAACGCGCCUGCCUUCUGCGACCAUCCUACUCAGCAUGUUCUACCUGUCCACCCGGAUGCCUAUGCUGGCAGGCGAGCCGAAGAUCGACCACCAUUUGUUCCGUCUUCUUACCAUUGCACUGGUGCUGGGCAGCAAGUUCCUUGAUGACAACACUUUCAUCAACCGCUCUUGGUCGGAAGUCAGCGGCAUCCCUGUUGGAGAACUGAACCGUCUGGAAAUGGAGUGGCUGAACGCCAUCGACUACAAGCUCCACCGCGAUCCUUCGGAACAUCAAGGAUGGCGGACUUGGUCCGAGCACUGGAAGGAGUACCAGGGCCUCGCCGUUGCCCGCGCUGGCCGAAGCAACAAGCUCAGCCCCAUCAACACAUCUGUGCACCGACGUAGCCUCAACCACAACAAGCCACUUCCUGCGCUGCCGAUGCAGCAGGCAUACAACCCGCCACAGUACGAGUACACCCCCAAGUCAGCGCAGUCAUCGUACAAUCUUCCUAGUUACUCCCAGUACGAUCCCUGGAGGUCAUCGAGCGAUCACUCCCCUGCAUCUGCACCGACCACAGGACCCACUACUCCAGAGUACUACGGUUCGACGGGCACUUGGGCUCCAAGCGAGGGGUACUCGCGUCGCACCAUGUUCGGCUUCCCGCCACCCAUGUCUCAGCCCACGCCACCUCAGACGCAACACCAGCAGCCGUCCAAUUAUGGCCCGCCCGCGUACACCCCACAGUACAACACCUCCGUCUGGAACCAGCACGGCGCUAACUGUGGCUGCGGUUACUGUUCACAGAGGCAUCAGCCAUACUACAUGGCCCAUGCCUAUGGCCCCCAGGCUGUUGCUGUGUAA